CGGAGCAGCAGCAGGCGGACAUGAGACGGCGUUCAGAGCGCACAGCCGAAAUGUUGCGCACACACCGCGAGGCUCACACCGCGUCGUGCAGCUCGCGAACAGGCUCCGUGCCGCCGCUGCCGCCGCCGCCGCCGCCGCGUGCAGAGCGGAGAAGCUGAAGGCUGCGGGUCUGCCUGAAGGGCUCCGUCCAUGCGGAGGCUAGCGCUCACUCUGCUGCCCUGUGCUGUCGCCGUCCUGGUGCACUUGUGGUUGGCACACCGACCCUCCUCCACCCCGCCGGACACCGCCGCACACACGGAUGAAGUGUUACCGUCCUAUGAAGUUUUGGUGGGAGUGCUGUCAGCAAGACACCAUUAUGAGCUGCGACAAGUGAUAAGGGAGACCUGGCUGGGCUACCUCCAAGGCCACCCCCAGUUCCAGCACAGGGUGGGGGUGAAGUUUAUCAUGGGCGAACAUGGCUGCCCCAUUCCAGAGGAAGAUAGAGAAGAUCCUUAUUCGUGCACCCUCCUGAAUCUCACAGAGCCAGCGGCAGGGCAGGAGGCAGAGAUAGAGAUAGUGAAAGUGUCUGACCCGUCGGCGCUGGUCCCCGCUGAUGUGCCUACCAUAGCCCUGGAUUUCAAGGUCCUGCACCCGGUGGUGAUCACCAGGCUGGGGGUGUUUCCCAGCGGGACGCGGCAGGAGCUUCAGAGCAAUGUGACAGUGAAGCUUCUCCAGCUGGACCAGGAGGAGGCCGUGGUUACUGCCCGCUUCAGCGCCAUCAGCACAGGGACCCUUGUGAAUGGGGUGUGGUACAAACCAGUGGAGCAGUUCAUCUUGCCUAAGGGCUUUGAAGGGACCCUGGUUUGGGAGAGUUUGGACUCAGGUGGGCUGACCGUAGUCAACUCCUCCUGUGUGCAGCUUAAUAACGGUGGAGGGGUCCUCAAGAUCUCCUCUAUUGCAGAAGGGAUCUUGCCUCACAGAAGUGCCCUUGGCUUUCCUGGUUUGGCUGGAGGGUUCACAUUUACUAUCUAUGAUGGAGAGGGUCUGUCGGGGCUCCUGCGGGGCCGUCCAGCCAGGAUGGAGCAUCAUGCCUCCAGGCUGAGGCAGGAGGACGCCUCUUUGCAGCAGGAGAGCCUCCGGCAUGGCGACAUGGUGUUCGUAGAUGUGGUAGACACCUACAGGAACGUGCCUUCCAAACUGCUUCAGUUCUAUAAAUGGUCUGUGGGAAACGCUGACUUCAAUCUGCUCCUGAAGACAGAUGAUGAUUGUUACAUCGACGUGGACUCAGUAUUAAUGAAGAUUGACCACAAGGGUCUCAAGCGCAGCAAUUUCUGGUGGGGGAAUUUCAGGCAGAGCUGGGCAGUGGAUCGCAUUGGGAAGUGGCAGGAGCUGGAGUACGCCAGUCCAGCCUACCCAGCAUUUGCCUGUGGCUCAGGGUACGUGGUCUCCCAUGACCUGGUCCAGUGGCUGGCCACUAAUGCAGAGAAACUCAAGGCCUACCAGGGAGAAGAUGUGAGCAUGGGAAUAUGGAUGGCGGCUGUUGGACCACAGAAGUAUCAGGACCCUGGCUGGCUGUGUGAGAAGGAGUGUUACCUGGACAUGCUGUCGUCUCCCCAACACACAGCCGAGGAGCUGCGGAUCCUGUGGGACAGGAAGAGGGCCUGUGGCGACCCCUGUGGCUGUCCCUGGGGCCACUAAAUCUUGCUGAUAACACACUCACCACAGGGCACUAUUGGGAAAACACACCGGUUGUCAUUUCUGUUUCUGUAGUUUCCUCAAAGUCCCAAUCUGAGAAAUUUUAUCAAUUGUUGUUAUACAAAACACACAGAUUUUUCUGAAGUGUAGGACUUAUCGUUGGAAAAUAAUGUCUUCAUAAAGUUGAGAUCACACUGUAACUCAAACUGCAGGUCCCCCCUCUACAGUGUUAACAACACCACCAAGGUAACCUUCUGCAGUUUCAGAGUACAUUGAAAACUCACACUCAGCUGUCACAUAAUGUCAGUCCUUGUAUCAUAAACUCAGUGCGGUGUAACAGGCAUGACAAACGAAAUUGGAGGCAGGCCUUAGGUGAUGUGACUGAUCAAGGCUGAUCCUCGAUCGGGCCUGUAAGUGUUUUAGAAGUUAUCCGACUAAACUGUGACAGGAAGGGGAGAGGAAGUGUAAUGCCAGUAUGUGAUGGUCUUAAUGUGCAACGUCAGUGCUGUAAGACUUGAGCUCCUGGUUAAGAACUGUGAUUCAGUGGUUAUUGUAGUUGAAGGAAUGGGUCACCCAGAAUACAACAACAAAAAAGAAAAUCUCACUUAUCCCUAGAGCAGUCUGUCUGUCUUGAUAGUUUUUGUGCGAUUUGGUGAGGUUUCCAGUCUGUCUCCCAGCAACUUGAUACAAUGGAGCUAGGUGGGUAUUUAUUUGUGGCACGCAAAUCAUCAAAAAGUUACUUGUGGAAAACUCAACAGCAGCAGCUCUUUGCCACAACAAUGAAACAGAUACACGACAUAAUCCACAGCCCUGACAGCAUGUUUCUUUGUGAACUGCCUGCCGAAACCCACCAACAAGCUAUAGAUAUCUUCCAUAAACAAGCACAAAUUACAGGUGAAAAGAUUAUUGAUGGUUUUAGCUCCACAAAACACAGAGGUGCUAGGAGACAGGAGGUCACCAUAGACUGGAAACCUCGCCAAAUCACGGCAACUAUUUGAAUAGACAGAUUGCACCAGUGGUAAGCAGGAAAUAUCUUUUUGUGUGUGUGUGUGUGUUUUGGGCGAACUGUUCCUUUAACGAAGUCUGAUACUUGACACAAAAUGUUUAACUUAAAUCUUUGGCUUAAAAGGGAAACAUAAUAGCAUUUUAAAGAUUAAUUGCAUUUUACCUUGUUCUGUUUUGUAAAUUAUUCUCUGAAGCUUUUCAUCUUCUUCCUCACUAAUUGUAGAUUUAUGAGCUCUCUCUCGCUCUCUCUCACAUACACACACACACACACACACACACACACACACACACGCGCUCACAUACACACAGGGUUUGUACCAUGUACUGUAACUGUCAUUGUGCAAGUGGUGUGGCCUUACUGUAUUUGUUAGCUGUCGUACGUAUGUUAACAAUUGUGAUAACAGUUUUUGAGAGCGGAUAAAUCUGUAUUUGCAGUCUAGGUUUUGGAACACAACUUGACAAUGCAAUCAGAGCAACUGUGAAAUAAGACACACUAGAUUAACAAUGGUUUAAUGAAAACCCCUCUGAGGGGAAAUAAAGGAUACUUUAGAGAGA